CGCGGAGCUGUGUGAGUCUGUGAGAAAGGAAGAUGGCUGCCUCGGAUGAAGAGGGCGGUCAAAGUGAUAAUAAAAAUGACGACUCUGCCAAUCACGAGACGAGCAAGCAAUUUUCCACAAUUCACCAAUUUCACUUUAAGGAUGAAGUUUGCGCACGUCCGCAAGUCUCAUGAGAGCUGAGUAUUCGAAGAUAACUAGUGAAUGAAAAACCCAAGUGCAGUGUAAGGAAAAAAAAAACAAUUCACGUUGUUUAUCGUAAAGUGGAAAUGAGCGAAGUGCCAAUCCCCCCUCCAGGCCCUGUUGCCUGGCCUGAUAUUUGUCACGUAGUCUCGUUCAUUUGCAAGGUAUUAUUACCUAGUGUCGCAGCAGCUCAUUAUCUUGACAAAUGUCGAAUUCAGCGAGAUUGUUUAGUAUGGUGCGAGAAUGGUGCGGGAGUUAGCCGGGGGCAUAAUAAGGAAAUUGAGAGUCAGCUAAUUCGACCGGGUGUAAGCUAUGAGAAUCGAGUCAGUGCUGUGCUGUCUGGUUGGGAACACCUUGCUGGCACUGUUCAAGGAGAUGUUAGUGAAGUGCAGCCUCUUGCAACCUUUCUGUACAGAUGGAGUUUACGAUUGGUUCUACAAGGAGAGUGGCCAGGCCUAGCACAGAUUGUGAAGACUCGGCUAGGUGUGACCCUGCAGAGAUGUUCCCGAGUGGGUGUUUUACAACCCCUAUGUCGUACAUUAUUACCUCUCGUGUCAGACCCUUGGGGUCAGACAACAAAGACUAUCUUCUCGGAUACAGAGAUUCAAGAUGAUGAAGCUAUAAGAUACAUCUCAAACGAAACAUGGGAGGUGGUACGUGUACGAGUGGACACCAUGAUUGAGUCACGGUGUGAGGAGUUAGCCUUUCGUGUCCUCAAAGUUUGUAUUAGAUGUAUACGUCUAAGAUCUGAAGGAAUGGAAGUUCCACUCUAUACAGAUGAAGACCACAAUCACUAUGUUGAUCUGUAUUUUGUUCUGCUGUAUAAAUUUAAUCGCAAAGCUUUUUUAGAUGAGAUUACGGCUCUACUAGAUGUGAAUGAGGGUGUGAACCUGGUGAGAAGACUUGUCGCUAAACAGGACAAGGCAAAGGUCUGGAAAAAUCGCCUAAAGACUGCAGACCUUGCUAUUCAAAUCUUCUUGGCUAAGACAAUUGUCAAGACGUGCACCCAUGACUUUUGGUGUGUUUUUCAUGAAUGGUGUGGUGUACAGGAAGCAGCAGCUGUUGCAGAUGAUUUGCUGAGUCAGAUGAUCCACAAGUACAUGCAACUUGCUGAAUCAUCUCUGCAUAUAUAUAAGAUGAGCUCCAUAUUAUAUAUGAAGCUUGGAAACCGGGUGGCUUCGCUUGUAACAGGGCUUUUGAUUCGUGCUCUGACCAUGGACAUGAAUAGUUUAGAAGCUUUGAAAAUAGAAGAGAAAGAACACAACACUAAGGAUGCACACCUGCAGUUGGAGCAGCAGAUGGCUGCUGGUUUCAUGGAUCUGGCAUCUGUCUUUACAAAACAUCAGAAUGUAGCACGGGAAUGUGUUCUCACUGCUUUCAGUCUCCACCCAACAACUGAACGUCUAGUCCUGCUCAACAGCUUUGGGACUGAGUCCUCAAAAUCCAGUGCCAUUGAUGCAGCUUCCAGUGUUCAGCCACACCCUUCAUCAUCAUCUACUCCUCAGUCCCCUCCCUCUUCUCCUCGCCCCCCUCCUCUCCCUCCUCCUCCUCCUUCUCCACCGCCUCCGCCGCCGCCACCUCAUCCCCCUGAAGUUCAACGGGAUGAUUGCACAUUAAUGGGGUUAUCAGCCAUGUGCCUCCAAUCUACUCCUUCCACCAGCACCACAGCAGACUGUCUUAACACUUUUCAUAGCUAUGGUGAUGUACAACCCACACAAUCCACCUCUUGUCUUCAGCCCACCUACCAAGACCUUCAUAGAACACAAAUUUCUCAAGAACAUACACAUAGUCCUGAUUUAUUUAAGUCCAGUGCAAGUGACUCGGUCCAAAGUAGUCUUAAAUGUGUUGGUGUUGAAGAUAGUGUUAAUGUUGUUAAUAUGGAAGUGACUAGUGCCAGUGAAGUACAAGUGAGUAAUCAGGAUGAAAAAGACAGUGAGUGUACAGUAAUAGGCCAAAGUUCCCCUCCAUUAAAUAAGCUAAGAGAUCCUCCCCAUGAUGGCCAGUGUGUAGCACAAAUUACUAUAGACACAGGACAAACUCAACCAAAUUUUUUAUCCACUCCUAAUUCUCAAAUGUCACAAGUAAGUAGUGUAAGUAGUGCUCAAGUAAAGCCAGAUGUUUGUUUAUUGCAAACCAAAGAUGUGAUUGUUGGUGAUGAGGGUAGUGAAAUUAGUGUUCAUGUGGAAACUAGAAAUAAGGAGGAUGUGGAUUCUAUGGACAAGUUUUACAAAAGUACAGAAAAUUUUAUUGAACAGUUAAGUCAAGAAACACCGAAGAAGUCAUCACAUUUGCGCCUAACUAAUCUGUCUGAGACCUUAUUGAGCCAGUGUCGAAAGUUUGAUGUUUUGACUCAUACUAACCAGGUACUAGAUGCAGAUCAGCUAGGUUUAACAAAAGAACUCUGUGAUGAUUUGGCAGUGGUGCUAAGUAGUCCCCGUUGGCAAGUUUUGUCAUGGAUGCGUGAUUGGAGUGAAUUGAGUAAAAUAUGUGAACGUUACCUUAAUGAUGCUGAUAGUGCUAAGAACACGACCAAAGAAUUAAAGUAUCUCAAUAUUGAUUAUAGUCAGUUUCAGAACAUGCCUUCAGCUGAGAUAACAGAAUUCACAGGGAUAGAGAAAGGGUAUGAACAUUUUAUUGAGCAUGAGACUGAAAGUGAUUAUUCAGAUGGGGAAUAUCGGGGACAAGCUAGAGCUGGUUGCUGCUCAUCUGCUGGUGACUCAGACUCUACUGAUAAUGAAAAACCUCUUAAGAGAGGAAGAGGAAGACCAAAGAAAAUUCCUCAUAACAGACUAUAUGACUCUGAUUCUGACUAUGAUUCAAAUGAGAGGAAGGACCCCUCUUGUUAUAUGCUCUCCAUGUCAGAGUCUGAUGAUUCAGAUAUUGAAAUAAAGUGUAAAACAAGAAUACUAAAGCUUAAUACAGAGGGUAGCAAUAUAGUCGAAGGAAAAAGAGUAACAGCUGUUAGUAACCAAGACAGAAGUAAACGAAUUCGAAUUGAUGCUGAAACUGGAAAAGUGAGGCGUGAUAGAAACUUAUUGAAUACCUUACGGCUUUUCCGUCAUCAGAAAUAUGGAGUUGAACCCAACGUUGAACCUGAUGUCGAACCUGUUAUUAAGCCUAAAUAUGAAGGUGCACAUCGAUCUGCGGAACUCUUUGCUCCUCCUCUCAGCUCACUUAAUCUUAAUCCUCGUGUUGUGUUAACUGAACGUGACAAGACUGCAAUUGGUCAUGAGGUGCAGAGAUCAAUGACAACAGUUGUGGCAGGAAGGAGUAUGGGACCAGUGCGUACAACUCCAUCUAGUCAGUCACGAGGGUCCUGGAGGUAUGCAGGAUCCCUAGUGGCACCCAAUCCCACCACUACUACAAGGCCAACAGCAUCUAUUUCUCUCCCUCGCUCUACGUCAGUUCAGUGUUACCUCCGCACAAAAGAUGGCAAGGUACGUGUUGCACCACUUCAGAGAGCAUUGCAUUUUGGUACUCGUCCACCUAAUCCUGGAGGUAACAAUAAUUACUUAAGGAUGAUUAAUGAACCAACAUCUGGCUAUGAUGACUCAUAUGCCAAAUUCUUGCUUCAGCAAAGCUCUGGGCUUAAAGGAAAGGGAUCUAGUGUUACUAUAACUAGAAAAAACAUGUCACUCAAUGCUAGUCUUGAUUAUCUCAAGAAACAAGGUACAACAGUUACUUAUAAGUCUCAGAAAUCAUCUGCUUUAGCACUAGCCAAUGCUCAGAAAACUGUCUUAAAUAGAAUAAUGUCACCAGAAAAUGCCAUAUCAGCCAUGAGGGGUCGCACUGCAAUCACCAUGCCAGUUAGUAACAACCCUCCAAAUUUACCUCCAUCUGAUAAGAAUAACCCAACAAACAUAAAUCGUGUUUUACCCAAGGGCACUACUGUUGUUAGAAAACCCAAAACUGAUGGUGCAGGACCUAGUGGUCUCAAUAAUGGUGGCUCAAGUGGUGGAGUUAAUACUCGAACAGUGGUUACUCGACCUGGAACAUUCUCGACUGUUGUCGCACGACCUUCCGUCACUAUUUCUAGUGCUAGCCUUCGUACAGGCAACUCUAUGAUGGCUGUACGGACAAAUACGGGCACCAUUCGUACAACAUUCUCUCAAGGGGUUGUAGUAACUGGAAACUUGGGAGUCCAACAAGAGUCAACAGUCAAUAGCAGCCCAACACCAACCUCGGUUGUAGUCAGUUCUCCAUCAACUACAACAGGAACUGCCCCUGUUGGGCCAGCAUCAACAUCAGUUUCAUUGCCGGCCCCUUUAGUCUCAGCCACGGUGGUAGGGAGUGUCCUCAGCUCCGUUACCAACAGUCUUAAUUCCCCCAUGGGGACACUAGGUGGAAAUAAUGGCAAGCAGCAGCAGCUGCAACAAGCCUGGGAUGCUGUUCAGAGUGAAACUAUAUGUGUUAGUGAUACAACACUUACUAAUUUGGCAAGUGGUAUUGACAGCACUGUUACAGUUCCUCAGAUCAGCAGCAGCACCAGGGGAGCCACCACCUGCACCACCACCGUGGCUAGCCCUCCGGGGGACAUACGAGCAGCAAGCAUGUUAGAAACUUUACUUAGAGAUCGACCAAUUCCACCCAGCCCUCUCCACACUCAGUCCACUACAGCUAUUACCACUAUCACUGCUGCUCUACCUCAUACACUAACAUCUGUUGUAGGUAGCAGUGGAGUUCCUAUAGCAGUAUCUGGGGAAGGUCAGGUAACGAAUGCUGUAAUGGGUGCAUUAACUAGUACUGGUACCAGCAAUGGAAGUGUUGUCAUUGCCAGUGGUACAAGCUCCAACAGUGGGGUUAUUAUGGCAAGUGGUGUAGUUGGAGGAGCGUCAGGAAGUGGUGUAGUAGUUGCUAGUGGUGGAAUCGUUAGUAGUAGUGGUGUUGGAGGUAACAGUAGCAUUGGUGAUAAUAGUGGAGCAGUCCAACAGGUACUUGUUCCAGGGCAACUUGUUCAAGUACAUACAAGUGAUGGUUCAACAGGUUUAGGAAUUGUGCAUUCCUCUUCAUUGGACUUGAGAUUACCUGCUGGUACAAGGGUAAUAAAAUCCUGUAGUGGAACGGUAAGGACAACAACAGGUCAGCAACAGCAGGUAACUGGUGUUAUCAAUCAAGCUGGUGGUCGUCAAGUUAAUGUGCUUCACAAUGUCAAGAUCCUACAAAAUGUGCAGAACAGGCAGAUUGUGCGUACAGUUGUGGUACCACAUACAGUUGCACUUCAAGGUCUGAAUGCUCAUCAGGGAGGUCAUUUAAAACCUCAAGUUGUGGCUUUGAGCCAAGGAACUAAUACAUCCUCUGCACCUAGUAGUGCAGAGAGUGGAAUGUUGCAGUCCCAAGGUUCUUCUGCCACUGUCAGAGCAAAAAUUCCACCCUCCACUAUUGUACAGAAAGUUAUAGGGCGGCGUGGGAGUGGUCUCGUCAUCCGCACUUUGAGACCGCAAACAUCUUCCACUCAAGCAACUGGUGAGACAUCAUCAUUUGAGGAAGGACUUGGAGCAAAAUUACAGCAACAGCAGGGUUUAGAUGGUGAAAAGAAUUCAGGAACCUCUGCCACCAAUGUAGCAGUUACGCGAUUACCUCAGGAUGAAGGUCUUGGUGAACGUCUUAGUCACUACUUGAAAACUGCAUUAGUAAGCUCUACAAGUACACAGAGUGUGGGUACUCAGACUCUGACUACAGCUGUCAAACCAUCAGCUGGACAAUUAGUAAAUCAGGUUGCACUGAAUCAUUUACGAGGGGGUAGUGCAGCACUUUCCUUGACUGGAGGAGCUCAAGGCAUUACUGGACAACCUAACACAAUUUCUACAAGCCCAACACCACCACAGCAGUCAAGUCUCUCAUCUCUUCCUCUUACUCCAACAAAUGCUGUUAGCUCUGAAACUCUGGAACAACUAAGAGAAUUUGAAUCUGUUUUUGAAAAAGUAUCAAACAAGUCUGGGAAAGAGGUAACUGAUGGUGAAGCUAGUGCUGAGAGCUACUCGAGUGCCACCAUGUCAUCAGAAGAGUCUAUGAUUGCUGCACAGCUUUUAAGUAUGGCAAAUGAUGCACCAGCUGUGACCACAUCUUCUAAUUAUGUGUAUUCUGUUCCCACAACAGUAUAUGAUGCAGGAGGCACUCGCCUAACAGAGGGAACAUAUAUUACCAUUCCAAGUACUACACAAGCAGGAACCCUUAUAUUAGUAAACCAUAGUGGUUCUGGAACAGGGAUAGUAACAGUAGCAAGUGGUGUACAGGGUCAACAGCCUCCUACAGCAGCAUCACCUGCAUUGUCUUCUACCUCAUCACACUCUUCCAUUGCAUCUUCACCAUCAUCCACUUCAAGUAAAAAUAAAAAACAACAACCAAAGCCGAAGGUAGUCCCUCCAACUACUCCUCCAGUUGUGGCAAAGCCAAAGACACCACCCCCACCAAAGGCUCCAGCUCCAAAACCAACAGUAGCUAAACCCCAGGUUGAAGAAAGUGAUGAAACAAAAGCACGCAUUCAAGCAAUAUUAGAACAGUAUAAGCAAGAUCUUGCUAAUACCCCACAGCCUCAACCAGCACCACGCAAUAGGAAAAAUUGUCCACCUCCUAAAAAUGAAGGAAAAUCAUCAAAUAAGAAAAAAAGUCCUGUGAAAAAGGUUGAAGGUGGUGCAGGAAAUAGUCCAGCUGUAUCAGAAGGCUCCAUAGUUGGAUGUCCUUCACCUAGCCCUUCUCCAGGGCCAGCAAGUGACAAUUCUCUUGGUUUUUCAGGUAACGUGUCAGGGGUACAGGCAGUUCAGUACUCUGCCCAAGUUGUAGCUUCCCAGGGAAAUUCUCCUGCUGGAAGUGCUGUUAUUCCUGAUGACAAAAUCAAAGUUGAAAGUGGCCAAGAGGUAGUUGCAACAGCAACUCCACAAGUAUUACAAGGUGUAGUAGUUUCAAAUGUUAAAGUGGAAGGUAGUAAUCUGUCUAAUAGUGCAACUAGCCUCACUCAAGGUUUGGCAGGAGGCAGAGUGGUACAGCUUAUUCGCCACGGUGGAAAAGUAACUGCUAUUACAACACGUCAACCUUUGAGCAAGGUAAAAGCUUCCGGUCAGUCUGGUCCACCACCUAAUGUUACUAUACAGGGGCGUAUCAAUAUGAAUGAUCUAAUGGAAAGUCAUAUUGCAUCCCUGUUGACAGGAGGUUCUAACCUAAGUCAAACACCCACGGUUGUUAGUAAAAUUGUUCAACAGCAGCAAAUGGCUGGUCAUCCAGCUGUUCAGCAAGUAGUAGUGCAGACAUCUGGAGGUCAGCAGGUAUUGCAGCAAGUUGCACUUCAACAGCUUUCUACUACUCAGGCCAAAUCACAACAGCAAAAACAGCAACAAAAGUGUGGUGUGAUCCAACAAAUCCAAGUUGCUGGAAAUGAGGAAGUAAUUGGAAUAGCGUCACCACCACGCACUAUACAUGUUAAUUUGCCGUCCCUGCCAGCUGCUACUCAUACCAAGAUAACAACCAUUACAAAUACUAUCACAAACUCUGCUACUGUUACCAAGGCCUCUACAGUUACUAAUGCAUCUCCAGUUACUACAUGUAUCAUUACUAGCACACCUAUCAUCACUAAUGCUUCCACCAGUGUUUCACUCGGCAAUACAGCCACUAGCAGUGGGACCUCUGGACCGUCCCCUCUCUCAGUAAUUCCAAAUUCUCCUCUAACACCACAAGCAAAUCCUGUUACUUCACCUCCAACUCCACAAGCUAUUGCAGCAUCUCCUCACACUCCAUCACCUGCUACUGAGCUACCUCCCACACCCUCAUCUUUUCAGAUGGGAGAGGAAAGCAAUAGUAGUGAGCAAAGUGUUAAUGAAGGCUUAGCUGGACCAUUACCACCAUUUUUUACCCUCAAAUCUUUUAUAAUGCAAAGUCCACAACAAAAUCAUCAGCCACAACAGCAAAAGCAACAGGAACAGCAAAGGAUUUCAGAUAAAAACUUUUCAUCUGGAAGUGGCAUGGAGCAGGGCACUAGUACCACAUCAACUACCCAAGCAUCAUCAACAGGAUCAGGCUCUAUGACCCAAAAUAAACAUCCCCAACGUGGAAAUCCAGCACACAUUCAGCUACAGAUUUCGCAACUUCCAAGAAAACCAGCUUCAGUAAUACGUACUGGAGGGAGUGGUGGGAGGAGGUUAGUGGUUGGAGGCUCUGAUGGAAAUGGACGGACAGUUGGACGUGGCACUUCAGCUUCUCCUUUAUUGAUCAGUGGUGCAGCAGAAGCUGGGAUAGCUGUUUCUCCAUUAUCUGGUUCUUCUAGCCUGGAAAGCUCUCCUGCAGCCACUCAUUCUCGCAUCCGCUUGGCAACAAGACCCCAAGAUACACGGAGCAAUUCCAUUGACUCCUUAAAAAGUGAUCUCAGUAUAGAAGAAGUGCAGAUCCCUCCAAGUCCAGCCACCUUAACAAAACAGCUACAAAGUGCUUACAUGACAGAGGCAGCACUCUCUCCAUCAGUCUCUCAGUCACAGCACUCUGGUUCUUCAUACUCGUCACCAGGGACAACACAUGACCUACCAUUUACUGAAGCCCCUCCAACUUCUGAUGACAACUUCUCAACCACUCUGUCUCGUCCUGGGUAUUCUUCUGCUCCGUCAGCACCAGGAUUAUCUGUCACAGGUGUUUCCCCAGAAGGGGAUGCACAACUGGGAGUACUGGCAUCCCCAUCUGGUGAUGUUUACCUUCAUCAGUCAGGUACAGGAUUGGGCUUGGAGAGUUUGGAAUCUGGAACAUUACCUCUUGUAACAGGCAUGGAAGUAAGAACAAAUUCACCAGCCCUAAGUGAUUUAGUAUCUUCUGGUCCACUCUUGACUUGGUCUCCCAGAUCUGCUGACUCCAUGAUGGCACAAUCACCCUCACUUAAUGAUGCACUCACAGCCAACAUUCCUCUUGAUGUUAACCAUAGUGAAGAUUCAUUAUGUGACUCAUCCACAGGCUUCCCUGGUCUCUUUUCAAUAGAAGGAGAUGGUGUUAGUGUAUCAUCAAGUACAAGUGAAGAUAUGCGAAGUGCUACACCAGGAGGGGCUUCAAGUAACCAGCAGCAGCACUUACAUCACCAAGAGGAGGAGUCGGAGGAACAGGAGAUAACCAUAGAUUUGCAUCCAAGAGAGAGUGAACAGGACCACACAAUUACAUCUACUAGAUCACCUACUGAGUUAGAACUACCUGUAGCUACUUUAAGUGGGAUAACUUCUCAUGGUACACAGUCAUCCGGAAACAUUGUAGUAAAUCAAGCAGCACAAGAUACACCGUGGAGAUUUGACAAUACGGUUGGGACCCAUAACAAGACAGUGGUUAAACAACCUCGUGUGCUUACAAAUGAACAUCCUAAAGAAGAUCAGCCAGCAGUAAAAAAUGAGGAAGCCGCAGGUCCUUCUGAUAUUAAUCAAAGUAGGUCAAAAACCACAGCCCAUGCCUCACAGUCCAAAAGUAGAGAGAAGGGGAAGCAUAUACCAAUCAAAGAGCAAGAGUUGGAUGAUGUUAAAAUUGUUGCAGAGGUUGUUGCCAACAAAAGUACAAGUAGAGAAAGGAAGACAACUAUGCAAAAUAAACCAGAUGGAAUGGUUGAUAUAAUAAACAGUAAUUCUACUCCUCAAGAAGGUAAUAACCGAAAACGAAGUCAACGAGUAGCAUGUGCAUCAGAUAGAAAAAAAAACAAUUUGGCAAGUGAAAAUGAAUUAACUGGUGAUGAAAUUCCAACCAAGAAUGGUCAUGAUCAGGACUCAGACCUCCCAGAUAUAAAAGCUGAAAAUAGCAGCAGUAAUACUAGUAGAAGUAAACGUAGAAGCUCUCAGCGUUCUAUUGCAUCAUCUCCCAGUACCAUAAUCCAGAGUUCAACAUGCCGCAGUCGUUCAAAAUCCCUGAAAUCUGAAGCAGGUGUAAAGGAAGAGGAGGAUGCUGGAGUAAUUGAUGCUGAAAUUAAAGAUGAUAAACUUUUUAUGAAGAUUGACAAAGAUCUCAAAGAAAGCUGUGAAGAGGGUGUUGGUAGAACAACACGUGGAGCUAAAAGGAGAAGUGAAGGGGAUUGUCUUGGAGAAGUAAAGCGUGGCCGGGGCACUAGAUCUGGGCGGAGUCGUAGUGAUGGGUAUGUAUUGUCUGUGGAAGAGGAAGUGCUAAAUCAUUUGGAUGAGGACUGUACGUUAUCAAGGGGACUUAGAGGUCGUCAUGUUAGUGGUACAUCAGACACAAGUAGUAACUAUAGCAUGGAACGUGCAGUUACACCAGGGCCACGUGAUUCUCCAAGUAUAAGUGGGAGCAGAAGACGGCGGCCUCACAGUCGAGAAAGCAGCGCCAGUAGUCGAGAUGGGAGUCCUCCAGUAAUGCACAUGCACGACUUUUCUCCCGGUGGCAUAAAUACUAGACGUUCAUCCUCUCGUGACCAUGCCAAGAAAAAGAAAUGCUCAUGUUGUGGGGGAGGGGAACAGAAAAAAAGUGGGUCUGGAAGUGGUAGACGAUCAUCUGCUAGAGCUACUCGAGGUUCUAGUACUGGUACUGUACAGUAGAAGGAACAACAGACUAAUGGUUGUUUUUCUGCAGUGUAGACAGUUGCAGAAAUUUUCAGGCAUUAAUGUGUAAAAUCUCAAAACUUCAGCUGUGGUGGUUACAAAUGAGUUUAGUAGUGACAGUGGCAUCAAGAGCAUUAUCCAUACUUCCCGGUAGCAAUAGGACUGCAGUAGAUAAUUAAGCAGCUAUAUUCCCAGCAGUGGUGUUCUGUACAGCACAUUUAAGGCCUAAAUGCAGGUCUUCUGAGCAGAUUAUCUUCCAGAACUAAAGGUGUGGCUUUCUAUAAUUCAAGGAGGAUAUGACUGCUGGCUAUGGCAAACAGUGGUCCUUGGAGAGUCUUGACCUCUUUCCACAGUGUAAGCAUUAAGUGUUAUAGUUUUAAUGUUCCUUUUAAUAUUUCAAAAUAUUUUUAUACUCUGGAAGACUUGCUCACUUAUAUGAGCUCUUACAGCACAAUUUUUUUUUAUGGGAUGUUAGUGCCAUACAUUUCCAUUUCACACUUAUUGGACUGCAUACCACUGGAAAGAUUUCUCGGUGGUCAUCGGUAGCUUGAUUUGAUGCAUGUCUUGCAUCAAAUCAUAGCAACGAGGUCACAAUGAUCAUUUGUACCUGAAUGCUUUUAAACUGGUGUUAGCCCACGUAUGUUAGGCAUCCCUGGAGUGUGAUGCAGUCUUUCCUUCAUAUGUCUCUUUUUGGCUGUGUGCAUACACAUGCCUGAAAAUCACAAAUAGGUUAUGCCACACGUGCACAUCACAAAUAGAUAUUCACAUGCACACAUACCAAAAAUAGGUACAGCAUUUGUGUAUGAUUCUCUGUGCGUGCAUGCAAAUAUGCACACAUGCAUGUGUGUGUGCAUGUGUACAUGAGGGUUAUAACUUUUUUACUUUUUUUCCAAAUAAAAUCUGUCAUAAAUCAAUGAACUUUUGUUUAAAAACAAUGAAAAAGUCCCGAAUUCCUCUCAGUUUUCGAAAAAGGUCACCCCUAAAUAAAAAACUAUGACUCACCAUAUAUCUGCAUUACUACUCAUAAAUAGCCACUCAGGAAAGUACUAAUUGGCAACUCAAAUUAAUGGAAAAUAUUAAUCACAUAUUUACGUUACUAAUCAUAAGUAGCAACUCAGAAAAUUACUAAUUAGCAUAUUGUAUUUCACAGAGGAGUGUAUCAGUGAGCACUGCUUGUCUGACAAUAUAUUUACAGGAAUAGCCUAACUGUGUGGGUUUUCUUGUCAAUAUUUGACAUUCAUGUCACUGUAAACUUUUCCAGUUUCUAGAACUGUUAAGAAAUUUCUGAAAUGGUAUAGAGGUUUGUAGAACAAUCCAAAUCCUGGUACAGUAUAUAUAGACAUGUAUAUAUAAAAAGCUUUAUGAACAAAUAAAUCAACUUAUUGCCAUUAUAUCUGUUUCAGAAAUUCAGAAUUAAUUAUAAUGUCACACAAGAAAAGUGAUACCUCCAUAAAGAAGAACAAAGAUAUCUGGACCAAUAAUUUGGUGGGAUUCCAGAAGUCACAUAGGAGAAGAGGAAUUGUGCCUUUAGAAGAAUCUUUCACUAGAAGAAAAAUGGAGAAUGCCUCUCGAAAUCCAAAUCAUUGGACGGUACCAGUUUCUUGAAGUAGAAAUCAAAGAAAGAAAGGAGUGAAUAGCGAAAAUUUCCAAAAAAGUUACAAAAUUAUAGGGGAAUAAAUUGAAUUUUCCACGUGUCAGAUCAAGUAAUAUGAGCAAAGCUUGACAAGGUGAAGAAGACAUGAUGACUGUGUCAGGAGGGGAAAAUAUGAUGCCCUGAAUGAAAUUUUUGAUAUCACAAAAGGAAAUGGCCAAUAGUUAUUCUCUGAAGACAAACAGCUGUACCAGCUUCAAGUGGAAAGCAAAGAAGUGGGGUACUCAACAGGUCAAGUUGCAAGUGAAAAAACUAUUCAUCCUUCAAAAAGAUGGAAACUACCUGCUGAAUCAGCUUCAGCAUCAACAUCUUACUAUCAUGCAUUGAGUGACAGUGGUACUGAAUCUGAAGGGAGCAAGUAUGAAGAUGAAGAUGAAAGUACUACUCUGCCAACCAAAAAACACAACAAAAGUAAAGUUGCAACCAGUUUGGUGACAGCCACAAAACUAUCACCAAGUGAAGCUGCCAAGAUGUGCAAACAAUUGUCAUUUGAUGGCAUUGACAUUCCUACACCAAGUCAAGCAGCAAUUUACAAGUCAACAUACAAAGACGCUGCUAAAUUGAAGGAGGAAGUGAUUGAAAAGGUACAAAUGGAAGAAUGGUCUUUACUUUCGAUGGAAAGCACACUGAGGAAAAUGAGUAGAAAUGAAAGAACCGAAGUAAAACUGGAUGCACUGCAUUUGAAAGAUGGCAAGGCUGAAACUAUUUUUGAAGGAAUGGCAAAAGUUAUUGAUGAAUACAGCUUAUGGAGUGCAAUAAAGACGAUCAUUGCUGAUACAACAUACGUUAACACAGGGAAAAAGAGUGGAGCUGUUGUCAAACUGCAAUGAAUGUUCUCAGAGAAUGAGAUUAGCAAACCACAAUUUUUCAGUUGUCAGCAUCACGUUCUGGACAGGAUUCUCCGUUUGGUAAUGGAUGAAAAUCUUGGUGCGAAAACCAGUUCUCCAAAUAUCAAGUAUCCAUUUGUAUUCCAACUGGUGAAGAAUUAUGAGGAACUAAAGGCACAGUUUGUUAGUGGAACAGAAGAGAUCCUCCAUAAAUCAGGAUAGAGAGAUAUGAAGUUUUUGUACCAUCUAACACGAGUGUUUAGAUUCUUAGAAGAAAAAAGGUACUUUCCUUUGAUUAACUUUCAGAAAA